AUGCAACCCUGGCUUGCCAUUGUGCUUUGCGGCUUCAUUGUAGCUGCAUCCAACAACACGUCAGAUGGUGACGCCAACAUUACCAGUGAGUCCAAUGAUGCCACGACUACUGCAAACCUGUUUAAUCAAACUGCAGCAGAGUUGACCGGCGUGACAUUUAAUGGGCCUGGGGACCUGCAAGCAUUGAUUUCCGCCUUGGGCCUCAAUAGCAGCAUCGUGCUGGCUUGCUUGGUGGCUUUCGCCAUACUCCGACUACGCUUUCCCCUGGUGUAUUCCAACCGGCAGGAUGACGAUGGCGUGCCAAGCACUUCAGCAACGUCCUGCGGGAAGUUCAUUGACUGGGUAAAGCUGAGCAUCUACACCACUGAUGAGGAAGCCAUCCGUAUUGCAGGGCUUGAUUCCACCCUACUCCGCUCUUUCUGCACCUUGGGCGCCUCCAUCUUGGGUGCCAUUGCUAUCCCCAUGUGCAUCAUCGUUGUGCCUUUGAACGCGGCAUUUGGGGAAGCCAACCUCCAGGAGGAUCCCCUAAGGAUGUUGGAAAUGGCCACCAUCCGCCAGAACCAUCCCUGGCUGUACUACCUCCAUGCUGCCGUGGUCUGGCUGGUGUGCUUCACAGUCCAUUUCUUCAUAGAUCAGGCGCUAAAGAAAUUCCUGAAGUUCAGGAUGAAAUGGAUGGAAGCAGUGCCAAUACCACAGAGUACCACCGUGCUGGUUGAGGCCGUGCCAGCUGACUGGCGAUCGGACGGGAAGCUGAAGAUGUUCUUUCAGAAGGUCUUCUCUUCAGAUGACGUCGUGGCGGCCCAUCUGGUGAAACACGAGCAUGACCUGGCCAAACUCCUCGCCAAGCGUGACAGCUUGCUGCAGCUGCAACGCAAAGCCCAACAGGUCUUUGAAAAGACACAGAAGGUGGAUACUUUCCGACAAUGCCCAUGUGGAAAACGAGUGGAGACCCUGCCAUAUUGCGAGGAACAGUUGCAGGGUAUGGACGAGAAUAUUCAGCAACUUCGGCACAGUCAUGCGGAAGAACGUCUGAGAGAUCCCAUGGCCAGAAGCUCCGCUUCCGGCUUCGUGACGUUUUCCAACCGCCGCUUCGCAGACAUGGCGCAGAGUCUUCGAAUCAGUUCAGAUCAGAACCAUUGGAAAGUCUCAGCAGCCCCAGAGGCCAGUGACAUCCGCUGGGGUGACCUCCGUCGAAGUUCCGAGUUCUCCACUGCUUUGAAAACCGUUGGCUACCUCUUCGUGCUCGGUUUGUACGUUGGUUUCAUGCCCAUUGUGAUCUUCAUCACCAAUGUGGUGGAAUUGGUGGACCUGGGUCCAAUGCAGCCACUUUGGGCAGGCUUUGCUCCCACCCUGGGCUUAACCCUGUUCUUGGCCCUGCUGACCACGGUUCUGGUGCUCAUUUUCCAGACCUUUUUCUGCUUGAAAGCCAAUGCUUAUGCCCAGCACAAGCUGCAGUGGUGGUAUUUCACCUUUCAGCUGAUCUUUGUGGUUUUGGUCACGACCAUUGGAAGGUCCUUGGUGAGUCAGUUUCAAGCUGUUCUGGAGUCACCCACCUCGGUCUUCGAUAUCUUGGCCAACAGCUUGCCGAAGGCCACCCACUUCUACAUGACCUAUUUGAUCUUGCAAUGGACCAAGAAAGCCUUGGAGAUCUUGCGUUACAUGAAUCUCUCCAAGUUCCUCUUUUUCAAGACCUUUUGCACAUCCAAGGAGGCCAAAGAAAAAGCCGAGCCUGAAGACCAAGCGAGCCAGGGCUUGGGCGCACGAAAUGUGAAUCUUGCUGUGAGUUUCGUGCUGGGCCUUCUCUUCUCCAGUGUGGCACCAUUGCUCUCCAUCUUUGCCAUGCUGGAUCUGAUACUGGGUCGGUUGAUCUAUGGCUACCUGGUGAUUCAUGCAGAAACCCGAAAGCCGGACCUGGGAGGGGAGUUCUGGGUCAGCCAAGUCCACUUUGCUGAGCUGGCUUUGGGGCUCUACUGCAUUUUGAUGAUUGGCGUGCUGAGCCAGAUGUCGGAGUCCUACGCAUGGAUGAUUGCAGCUCCCAGCUUGCUGCUUGUAGUUUGGUCUGCCUGGCACCAUCGAAAGACGUACCAAUGGAGGCAACUGCCCUUUGAAGAACUGGUGACUUUGAAUGAGGACCCGAAGGAAGCAGCUGAUGUGAUUGGCGAGUGCUACAUUCAGCCCGAGCUGGCAGACACAACACAAGUGACCUGUGUGGUCUAG